AUUCAGCCAUCGGCAAAUAGGACAAGGGCGGCCCUUGUAAACAACAUUUACAGUGCGGAUGGAGGUGCUUGACAUAACCGAGAGAGAGACAGAGAGAGAGAGAGAGAGAGAGAUGAAGAAGACAUAGAAGUGGAGGAAGAAGGUAAUUAAGGAAUUGAGAGAUGAAGAAGAACGACGCUAUUGUAGCAACCUCGUCGCUGGUAUUAAGGAUCCUCACUCUAGCGUCAUUACUUGCUUCUAUAGCUUUACUAGUUACAGACAAAAUCACCUUCAUUGAUGGUUCCAAAGUAACCUUCAAGGAUAUCUUCGCGUACAGGUACGUGCUUUCCAUUGCAUCGAUAGGUGCAUGCUACAAGCUAUUGCAGUUACCUUUUGAUAUUUACUAUGCAACCAAAGGAGAGAGGUUAAACGGAUGCUUCCUAGAUUUCGACUUCUACGGAGACAAGCUCAUCAGCUUGCUCCUAGCCACGGCUGUUGGUGCUGGUUUUGCCGUCUCGGUUGAGUUCAACAGAAUGGUGGACGGUCUCGUUGGCGAUUUCUUUGAUAAAGGGAAUAUUGCAACCUUUGUUCUGUUGGUCGGAACUAUCUGCAUGGCUGUAGUUUCGGUGCUUUCAUCCAUCAGUCGAACCAAGUAGAGAAUUCUUUGGAUUUUUUUUUUUUUUUUUUGCCAUUCUUGUCGAAUUUAGACAAUUCCAAAUAAAACGAAACUGGAGUCUCUUCUCCAAAGCACUUUUCUUUUUCUUUUUUUUUUAUGCAUUUCUUUAUGUAAUGAAAGAUUAUUAUUUUUAUUAUUAUUUUUACUAUAUAUUAAGUGUAAAGUCUUUUAUAAGGCAUAAUAUCA